AUGUCUGAAAAGCUCCGCCAGAGAUUGGGGGGCCGCAGUCUGUCAGAGAUCAGCUGUGCUCCUCUGGCCUCAGCUCUGAAGUCCAACCCCUCCCAUCUGAGAGAGCUGGACCUGAGUAACAACAAGCUUCAGGAUUCAGCAGUGAAGCUGCUGUCUGACCUUCUGGAGAGUCCAGACUGCAGACUGGAGACUCUCAGAUUGAGAAGCUACAGGCUGUCAGUGAUCAGCUGGGCUUCUCUGGCCUCAGCUCUAAAGUCCAACCCCUCCCAUCUGAGAGAACUGGACCUGAGUUACAACAACGAGCAGCAGGAUUCAUCAGUGAAGCUGCUGUGUGACCUUCUGGAGAGUCCAGACUGCAGACUGGAGACUCUCAGAUUGAGGUACUGCAGUCUGUCAGAGAUCAGCUGGGCUUCUCUGGCCUCAGCUCUGAAGUCCAACCCCCCCCAUCUGAGAGAGCUGGACCUGAGGUACAUCAAGCUGCAGGAUUCAUCAGUGAAGCUGCUGCGUGACCUUCUGAAGAGUCCAGACUGCAGACUGGAGACUCUCAGGUCAGUCAGGGUCCGACUCAGUCUCUGCUGGUUCAGCAGUAUUGUACUAACAGGGGGGUUAAUGUGUUACUCACGUUGGGGAAUCCCCCAGUUCUACCUUCCACUUGUAGCCUAGCUUAGCAGAACUAAUCAGUGAUUUCACUCAUUGCCUGCAGGUUCUCCUGUUCUUUCAUCUGGUGUUUCUUUUCUUUCAUUCUUCCACUAACAAUAAAACACAAGCUGACAAUGCAAAGCCAAGCAACAUGUUACAAGUUGUAACUUUGGAACUUGUGAUUUCACAGAAGAGUGAGACAGGUAGUGUGUUUGGUUCUUGGAUCCAGACUAAAGACGAGUUACUUCCUGUAAUGCAGGCUCAGAGCUGUCUGCAGUCAGUUGUAGUGUUUGCACAGAAGAUAUGAUGCCAUGUAAAGCGUUCCAUCAGUCGGCUCGUGUCAGGACUCUGAAGCGGGCUGACUCUAACAACAAACUGUUAUUUAAACCUGAGACAUAACUUUUGGGAUUGUGUUCCUACAGGAUCAAUAACAAGUUGAUCACAGCUGAGAAACACACAACAUAGGACUCCAUCAAACUGGAUGUGUGAACAAACCUGCCCGAGGAAGACAGCAAGGUGAAAGAGGAGCAGCUGCACAGUGUGAAGUAUAUUUAUGGAGCUUCACCACAGAAUCAAAUGUAGUUAUUGGUAAUUGUUUGCCUGGGACCGACCUGCAGGCUCAGCUUGUAUUAGCUCAGAUCAACUGGUCCUCCUGCUGGAGAGACGAGUGGAAGAUGGAGCAGUUCAUAUCUAGAGAUUUGAUAAUAUUGCUAAAUGUCUUGUGGUGUCUUAACCACAGCUACAGGUGGCGUCAUAGAAGACAUCUGACCAGCACGGAUAAGUCCAGUAUGAGUGUUGAGGUGCAGUGGCACUCUAAAAAUAACCACAGACAAUGAAAAAUACUGAUAAAAAGAAGAAAAAUAAGCUAAAAUGGCUUAAGGAGAAGUUUAUAUCAUAUAUAUGUAAUUAACUUGGUGAGUUAAAUAUAUUUCUUAAAGCUUAAAGUGCAUCAACCUGUUCACCUUUCAUAAGUUCUCUUGCUGGAGUUCUGAUAUACACUUGUACUUGUUUAAACUUCAUCAGACUUCUUGUUUUUGAUAUUCAUCGUCUCAUCUUAAACAUUAUUCUUCAUUUCUACAUUAAACUGCGUAUUAGUGGAA